CGCGAGGCGCAGUUGGAUUUGUGUCGGCCGAGCGAGGCGCGACUCCCCUUUAUGGCGGAGCCGGCAGCGGCGGCUCUGACAACCGCGGCAGCCGGGCGAGCCGAGCAGGAGGCCGGGCCUCGGGCCGCCGGCCGCCGUCGCCGCAGCGGGGCCGGGGGGAGCGCGGCUCGCGCCGCGACGGGGGCGGAGGAGUGGGCGGGCCCGGCCGGACUGGGGGCGGGGAGGCGGGGAAAGGCGGGGAGCCGGGUCGCCGGCGCUCGGGUCCGCCUCUGA